UGUGAGAGAACUAAGACAGAUCUUUUGUGUUAAUGUGUUUUAGAUAGACUCUAUUUGGUAGGUGAUCUCUUCAAGUACCGUGGUAUAUUAUAUCUUAGGCACAUUCAGUACACCCUGUUGAGUGACAAACAAUAUUUGUCUAAGUGGAAUUAUACACUCCCAGGAACGAGACGAGUCAGAUGCCUUAUCCACUUGGCCACCGCGGCCGCUACAAUAACGUUAUGGAUAUAACCAGCUACAAAGAGGAUAGUCGUGACUUGAUGAAGAUCAGGUGUAACGAAAGUACCACAGCUAUGUUUCACCGUAGUAAUUAUAAUUAGACCAUGCUCUCAGUUGAGACCCUUAUAGCUGCGCCUGCCACACUCAUGGUGUCAACACAUGUGCAGCAGGAGAACAUUGUGAUCGAGAGAACCUUUAGUAUCUGAUAGGUCAUUUAAAUAACCAGAAUGGCUCUCGCGAGGUCGGAUCGCACCUUUUCUGUCGGGCGCUUGAAAUCGUUGUUGGAUGAGAGCUGUAGCAACAAAAAAGUACUGGAUACCCUUGUAUCCCAUGGGCGAUCCCGGGCUUUAGUGUCAUUUGAUACAUCCGACUUACCUCCUGCCGACACCAUCUGUUGGCUAGCAGUCAUUGCUAAGGCCGUCCAAUGUGUGACGGACAAAGCAAAGGUGAUAGACCUUCUCACCAUGGUGCUUGGAACCAGACUCUUCACAAGGGAGAUAACCAACACAUUGUCAAUGUUUGCAAGCAACACGAGUGAAGACGAUGUCAUACAAUUCAUUCAGAAUUUAGUCGAAGUAGUUAGUCAACUUUUUCUACGCUUCCCACACUCCUUCACCGACGUUUUUGGACAUAUUGUGAUAAUGGAGAAGAGAAUUGAGGAAAUGAUUCUAACCACAAAAGGUAAGAAAAGACAGAAAAUACAGUCAUUAUCGGAUGUGGUUUCAAGUUUAAAAGAAACUGCAUUGAAAAGGAUGACUGGUUACGACAGAGGUAAGGCCAAAUCAGAAUGUCUGCCACCGCCCGAGGAUUUUCGUACUAUUCCGGUAUUACCAAGAACAUCAGACAUAUUUGUGAAUUAUCGUGGAGUGUAUCUUCGAAAGAACAAAGCUUCCGGUGGGUACGAAAACCUAGAACAUUAUCUAGAUGUACAGUUUCGUUUGUACCGAGAAGACUGCAUAAGCCCUUUAAGAGACGGUGUCAAUGAAUAUAUAACAGCUGUGAGUUCAGGAAAUAACAUUGGUCGACUUCAAGACGGAAAGCUGUAUAAGAAAGUUGUCGCCGUAUCCAAGAAACCGACCAUAGAAGGAGAGCAGUAUGUGAUUAAGCUGGAUAAAGACCAGUCCAGCCGAAUCAACUGGAUGUCAAGUCGAAGGCUGAUCUACGGUUCGCUGGUAUGUCUCUCUGUCGAUAACUUUCGCAACAUGCAUUUUGCAGUAGUUUCAGAAUCAGAUCGCAAGGAUCUUCAAAAAGAUCGCAAAUUUUCAGUUGUCUGUCCCUGCAAUGACAUACUACCUCUUGAGACAAAAAUGACAAUGGUGGAAUCAUCUGCAUACUUCGAAGCCUACCGACACGUGCUGGCUGGACUACAGAACAUAAAGGAGGGCGAACUUCCAUUUGAGAAAUAUAUAGUUAAGUGUAGGAAAGACGUUGAUCCGCCAUUAUAUGUGAUGAACACAUCAGCAGAAUAUGAUUUGCAACCCAUUCUUUCCGGUCAACCAAUUUAUAAUUCAAAAGAGAAAGCCACAUAUUAUAAGCGAUUUGCCGGGGAAACAGAUGGUGAAAACAAAGACUCGGGUAAGCAGCAUAAUGUCAAAAUCCUGCAACCGAUAUAUACAUGGCCAACAGCCGAGGAACUCUGCUUAGAUCAAUCUCAACUUGAAGCAUUUCACGCUGCUCUCACACAGGAGCUUGUCCUAAUACAAGGCCCACCAGGAACAGGUAAAACACACGUCGGUCUUAAGAUCGCCAAAACUCUCCUUCAUAACAAGUCUACCUGGGAAACACCCGAGACGAAAAACAACAGAAUACGGGAUAAGAGGAAGUGUCCAAUGCUGGUGGUAUGUUUUACAAAUCACGCUCUGGAUCAGUUCAUGGAAGGCAUCGUGAACUUCCUUGAUCCGAAGGCAAAACUUUCAUGGCGAAAUGACAUCGUUCGCGUCGGAGGGAGAAGUGAUAACGCUGCAGUAGAACAGUUUUCACUAAAGAAUCGUAGACGUUCCUUUGGAAGAGGAGGAAGGGUUGAUGAAAAUAGAUACUUCCGUUCCUUGCAGAGACUACAGCAACAAAUUGCAGACACUAAAUACCGACUCAGAAACUUACAUUCAGUCAUACUGAAGUUAACUUUCCUGAAACCCAUAAUGUCCGGACGAAAUUGCAAAGCCUUAGACAAAGAAAACAUAUUUUUUGAAUGGUUAGGUGCUGAUGAAAUGAGUUGGAUGCAAAAAGCUGAAAUAGCAUAUUACUCAGAGCUUCAGACAUUGUAUUCCGGACAUGCGGGACUAAAAACAAGGGAAACACAAAACCAACAAGAGUUGCUGCACGUCAAGACAGAUGCAGAGAUAUUGGAAGACGACCGAAGAAUCGAGGACGAUACUCUGGCUAGCCUUGAAGCUGACAAAGACAUCGGUCUGGAUGUCAGGAUUGCAAUUUCAAAUAUGUUGCAUGACGAUUCAGAUGUUUGUAAAACAUUACAGAUGGACGAUCUUUUUAAAGCGGUACUAAGACAAGAAGCGAUGAAGACGUUUACCAGGCUUACAUCCCACGAUACAAUGACUGACUGGGAGGCAGCCGGUUGUUCAAGCCUUUCGAAUUUGAACAAUCUUACCCUUGAUAACAGAUGGCGGCUAUACAGAUAUUGGGUAAGGAAAUACAAAGCAUCACAAGAGGACGCACUUCUUCAGUUAGAACAGGAACUCUCACAAGUUCUAAAGGAUUAUCAAAAAGAAAAAAAAUGUGUAGACGCAAUGGUUUUGAAGACUGCAACGGUAAUAGCAAUGACAACAACUGGGGCAGCACGUUACCAGGACGUUCUGAAAGAAAUCGGGCCAAGGAUUGUUAUUAUCGAGGAGGCUGCCGAGGUGUUGGAGACACAUAUCAUCACCGCCCUCAGUCCGAGGUGUGAACAUCUCAUUCUGAUCGGUGAUCACAAGCAAUUGGAACCAAAACCAUCUGUUUACAGAUUGGAACAGAAAUAUAAUCUGGGCCUUUCUAUGUUUGAAAGAUUGUUAAAUAAUGGCAUAGAAAAUCAUUGCCUGCAACGACAGCACAGGAUGAGGCCAGACAUUUCCAGACUUGUACGUGACAUAUAUCCUACGUUAGAAGACAGCGAGAAUGUUUUCAAAUAUGAACAUGUGAUGGGCGUCGAAAAAGAUGUCUUCUUUAUCAACCACAACAGAUCAGAGGAUUAUGGAGGAGACACAAGAAGCUACUCCAACAAACAUGAAGCUGGCUAUGUUGUUGCACUCUGCAGAUACCUAUUGAAGCAGGGAUACGCUCCAAACCAGAUUACAAUCCUUGCAGCCUAUUCAGGACAGAUGCUCUGCAUUAGAAAUUUGAUGCCAAGAAACGAAUUUGAAGGAGUGCGGGCAGUUGCCAUAGACAAUUUCCAGGGAGAGGAAACUGACAUAAUACUCCUUUCACUAGUUAGGAGUAACAAAACAGGUAAUAUUGGAUUCUUGAAAAAAGAAAACAGAAUUUGUGUAGCACUUUCAAGAGCUAAGAAAGGAUUAUAUGUCAUUGGGGAUUUUUCCAUAUUAGAGGCAGGAUGUCAUCUUUGGGCACAAGUCACAAAGAAAACGAAAUUAUUUGAUCAGUUUGGAAAUGCUCUUCCCCUUGUCUGUCAAAAUCAUCCACAAACCCGUACUCUAGUGACAGAUGCUGAGGACUUCAACAGAUCACCAGAUGGAGGUUGUGAUCGAAAAUGUGACUUCCGACUUUGCUGUGGACACGUGUGCAGACUUUUCUGUCAUCCAAAGGAUAAAGAACAUAUCGACUACAAAUGCAAAGAGACGUGCAACAAGGCUUGUUCCAAUGAUCAUCAAUGUAGGAAAAAAUGUCACUUUGAAGAGGAAUGUAAAUGUCCUAUACUGAUGAAAAAAGAUCUCCCGUGUGGACACAAAGCGACUAUGAAAUGCCAUAUACAUCCCGAAGAUCACAAAUGUACAGUGAAUGUAGAAAAAACACUUCCUUGUGGACAUGUGUUAACAUUGCAAUGCAACAGCAAACCAGAAAGCAUUUUGUGUAAAGAAUUUGUCAACAGAACUUUAGGACGAUGUGGCCACGAUGCAAUUAUGGAGUGUUCCGUUAAUCCAGACACAUUCAAGUGUCGAAUCUUGGUUACACACACCCUUGAAAGGUGUGUUCAUGAGGUGACAUUGGAAUGUCAUGUGGACGCAACAGCUUAUCAAUGUAAACGAAUCGUUACACGAGAGCUACAUGCCUGUGAACACACAGCAGAACUAGAAUGUUGGAUAAAUUCAGCACACCACGAAUGCACAGUCAUGUUACACAAGUUUCGAGAAGAUUGUGGACACAGUUUUGACGUCGUAUGUAGCAAGUACUCGCCGUCUUAUGAAAGUGACACCUGUUGCAGUACGAUCACCUCAAAACGUUUUUCGAAAUGCCAACAUUCGGUGGAUGUUGCUUGCCACAUAGACAUAAAGAACAUCAAAUGCAAAGCUAUCGUUAAAAAACAAUGGGAUUGUCAACAUUCAGCUGAGCUAGAGUGCUGUACCUCAGAAGAAGCAAAUUGCAAACAAAAGUGUUUACAAAAGUGUACGCGUGGACACAUAUGCUACAGAAAGUGCCAUUACCCCGAGCAGUGCACUUGCAAACGUUGGGUGGACAAAACAAUACCAAAUUGUUGUCACAUUCAGAAAGUGGAAUGUCACAAAGAUCCAGGUAGUGUAGACUGCACUGAAAUUGUCAUUAAAGAACUGCCCCACUGUGCACAUAUAAAGAAGAUGCCAUGUCAUGAAGACCCAAGUACAAUUGUCUGCGUUCAGAUGGUCAACAAAGCUUUAAUUCCUUGUGGUCAUAUGAAAGAACUUGAAUGUUCCUCAGAUGUUUCGAUGAUAAAAUGCAUAGAGAUCGUUUCUAAACGCAUUGAGUUGUGUGGACACUCACAAGACAUGGCGUGCUCAAUGGAUCCUAGCAGCUGUAAGUGUACUUCACUGGUCAACAAAGUCCUUCCUCAAUGUGGACAUAUCAGUAAAUUAGAAUGUUCCGCUGACCCAGAACAUCAUCUGUGCGACGAAAUCGUAAGCAAAAAACUUCCUUGUGACCACGAGAUCAAAAUGGAAUGUUGCAAAUCACCAAGCACAUCAACUCGCUGUCAGGUUAUGGUGCGAAUGUCCAGACCAGCAUGUAGUCAUAAGGUAGAUAUUGAAUGCUCAAAGAAAGCCAGUAUUGACAAGAAGAAAUGCAACAAGCUUACACAACAGCAACUAGCGUGUGGACAUGACUGCUCUGUAGAAUGUUGGAAGUCAGUCAAUCAGCAGCCGUGUCAGCAGAAAUGUUCAGCAACUCUUUCAUGUGGACAUAAGUGUGGAGGAAAAUGUAGAAACUGUUCAGUAAACAUGUUCCAUGAGCCUUGUAAAAAAUCCUGUAACAAAAUUCUUAUAUGUGGGCACUCUUGUAACAGUACAAAGUGCGGUUCAUGUCGAUCAUGUAACAGUCAGUGUAAAAACUACUGUCCACAUCGACAUUGCACACAUGCUUGUGGAAGUGAGUGUCGUCCAUGUCAUGAGAAGUGUUCGCUUAAAUGUCCGCAUCACCAGUGUUCUCGGCUGUGUUUCGAGCAGUGCGAUCGACCUCGAUGUGAUCGUCCCUGUCCUCUGCUUCUCGACUGUCAACAUCGAUGCUUGGGUUUUUGUGGUGACCCUUGCCCCGAGUCCUGCAUCAAGUGCAAAACUAAACACAUACAGAAGGUCUUCUGUCACACGCCGCCGUCAGAGGAUACACGUUUAGUUCGAUUAACUGACUGCAGACAUGAAUUCGAAUCUAAUUAUUUAGACGAGAUCGUGGACGGAAAAACAAACGCAUUAGACAUUUUUAGGUGUCCGAAAUGCAAAGAAAUCGUUCGAUGGCAUCCGCGAUAUGCUAAUGUACUGAAAAUUCAAUGGGAAGCAAUAGAAUCUGUCAAAACUUUUCUAAACAUGCAUGUGAGCUUACCCAGAAUAUCAUUUCCAAAAGAGACGGAAGAUAUUGCUAAAGCAGCCAUGUAUAUAACGAGAUUCCGAACCUACUUAUACAUACAAGAAAAACUACACAACGGAACGACUGAUGUCAGGUUACUCAAUCAAUGGGCUAUAUCAUAUUCACAAAUGUUAACAAAGUUGUUAUACAGUUCACAGCAGACUAUAGACUUGACUCCACAACAAGUAGGUUGUAUCAAUCGGAACCUGUGUAAGCUUUCAGCGGUUUGGCUUCUGCUUAUCAGCAGCCACUGGGAAAACAGAUCUGCUUCUUGUGAACUUAAGGUGGAUACCAGGACAUCUGGACGAAUCUCGGAUGGCAAACGGAUCGAAUAUAUAACAGAGGAACACAAGACAGUAAAUGAUGCUGAGAGCUUUAUCAGGAAAGCGCACACGUUCACAACAUCAAACCUACACAAAGUGCGGAAAAUGCUUGAGCCCCUUUUGACAAAUGCGUCGGAGGCAAUCGUUGCUUUUGAUUUCCCAGUCCUGGUAGCUGUCGGUGUGCACAGGGACGACUGGACUAUUUGUGACAAAGGUCACUUCAGACCAUCAAAUAUCUGGAGCAAGACUUGUUCGGAGUGUUCCAGUGAAAACCUUAUAAAGCAGCACGGCCUGGACGUUGGAGGUGCGUGUGGAGGAGAUGAAUACGGAACGGGUCAAGGAGGACGACAUGGUCGAGGGAGAGGUCAAAGCCGGUUCAAUGAAGGAAGCAAACGAGACCGUGGUAGAGGUUCACGGGGGCGUUGCAGGGAUCGAGGACUGGAACGUUCAAGUGGAUUCAGAACAGACUGCAGGAAACUGGAGGACACGAGGAAAAAGAAUAUUCUAGAAAACAGUGGGCAAAGCAGAGAAAAAGGUGACAAAAAGACUGGGAGAGAAUGUUGUGGCGAGAUUGUCGAAGGGAAUGGGAAAAUGCGUGGCAGGGAAGUGGAACAGCACAACAAAAUAAAUGAAAAAGUGACUGAUAGAGAAAAUAAAAUAGGGUGUGGUAGAGGAGAAACAGACGUGGGAAGCAGAGGAGGACUUAGCAGAGGUGGUGGUAGACAACGUGGCGGAGGGAGCAAAAGAGGGAGAGGUAAAGAGAUUGGAAAAGAAAAUGGUAAGAGGAGUUUAGAAAGGCAUGGCAGAGGGACUGUAGAACAGCAAGACGAGAGUAGUAAAAGAUUGCGUGGUGAUGAGAAUGUAGGGGGAAAUUAUAAAGGACGUGACAGAGACCGAGACAGUGGUAGCGGGGGCAAAGGAGGAAGAAGAAAAGAGUGUUGUGAAGAGAGCGAAGGAAGUCGCCAUGGAAAUAUUAAAGGAAUGAGCGGUAGGGAAUUUGAAGGAGUGCCUAGUAGAGAAGUACCUGACGGAAAAAGAAGGGGUCGUGAUGGUGAGCUUGGUGGCGAGCGUGGUGGCGGUUAUAGUGACAAUGGCGGUGGUGGAGGAAGUAAAGGAAAAGGUGUUGAAAAGAAUAAAAGAGGGCGGGGUAGAGGAGAACAUAGUGAGGGAGGUAGGGGAGGUCCUUAUAGUGGGCAUAGAGGAGGACGUGGUAGGGGAAGUAGAGGUGGGCGUGGCAGAGGCAGUAAAGUAGAGAGUGGAGCAGAAGGUGGAAAAGUAGAUGAAGAUGGGAGUUGUGUAUGGAAUGAAGUUGAGCGUGGUGGAGGUCGUGGAAGGGGGCGUGGCAGGGGAAGUAGAGGUGGGCGUGGCGGAGGAAAUAGAGGAGGGCGUAGUGGAGGGAAUGGUUGAGUAAGAUGUGUGAAAAAAGUACAUACUAGUUUUGCAUGGGAAAUGGUCUUCAGAUAAAUAUAUUGACCAGAAUGUAUCUAACCGAAAAUCAUUCGUGCUUUCAUUAACAAUAUAAUGUAGCAUGUGUUGAGCGAACUGAUGAUCACAAUAACAUAAAGUUGUGUUUCAUAUCUUAACAACCAUUACACAAGGUCAUACAUGGCCACAGUGAAGGUCAUACAGUGCCACAGUGAAAAUGACGAACAUCGAUGUCCAGACCUGGUCCUUAUUAAGGAUAAAGUGAAGUUUAGUAGAAGUUGACUUUGUAAACCCUGUGUGUUUCCAUGUCCAGUUUGGAUUAAUACACAUAAUUUAACUGUAUCCACCAAAACUUAUAAAUGUUUGACAGUACAGUAAUGUUUACAUAUACAACACACGCGUCAUUGCCAGUAUAGAAUAGGUGUGUUGGCGUAGUUAACGCUGAUUGUUUGUCUGAAAUGAGUUAAUUAAGUUUACAAUAAAUUGUUUUUGAGUAAAGUUUGAGCUGAUGUAAUCCAUCGCAAAUGUUUCCCAGUAAACUAAGAACUAAGAGUAUUUAUGUACUAGUGUUCAGUAUGUUUCAUCAACGGUAACAAUUUAGAUUUUUGCAGUAUUUAGCGUUAGCCUAUGUAGUUAAACUUAACCCUGCUUUUUUAAUGUAAUAUAUCAAAUGACUCCCAUGCCCAUGCGUGUCUACCAUGAGUUUCAGUUUACCUAGCUAAUACAGGUAAGUCCCUACAGAGUGCGAGAUGACCUAGCUAACAAUAAGUGUUUUCAGGUAAAUUGAAAUUUGAGCAGAUUAUAACUGGAUGGGACUAAUUAAGUAUGAAAUUUAUUGACCCAGCAUAGUAUAUAGUACAUGUACAUAUUUACCUAAUUUACCCCAUGUUUUACCAAUAAUAGUUAUAUUAUCGUUAACCUUGUUAAUGUGUUUUCUAGAGAAAACGUUUUUGAUGACCUAGUUAUAACUAGUGUGGUAUAUAUAUCAGCUGACGUGGUAACACCUUGUGGUUCCCAGCAUAGUGUUGCCUUAUCUAAUUACCCACAAGUGUCUCUGAGUAUAGUACGGGAUGACAUACAUGUACGUAGGUAGUUUUAAGAAUGGGUUGACCUGGUUUGUUCGGAGUGUUUCUGAAUCUGAUCGACUCCAGGUGUGUUCCGGUAUAAUACGAGUGGAUGAUAUUAAUGCCAAACGUUUUCCAAUAUAGCAUGAGGCGACCUCUUUUAAAGGUCGAGUGUAUCAUAGUAAAUGUUGUGCUAACCUACAUGUAGUUAUACUAACUCCAAAUGUUUCAAAGUAAUGGGAUAGCCAUUUUCAGUAUGCUUUAAAUUGAUCUAUAACUAAUGUUGACCUAGUUUACCCAAACGGUUUCUAAUUAUAGUAAGUAUUGACCUCAUUAAUCCCGACUACUUCCCAUUAGAGAUUGUGUGGGUUUAAAUGUAGUGACGAGUAAUACAGAGAAUUUCCCUGUAUUAUUUGUGUUAUACUUUCCUGUAUGGUUGGUAUCAUGUCGUUUGGAAUGAUACUGAGUAUUUCCCUGUAUAUAGUUUGUGUUAUACUUCUUUGUAUGAUUGGUGUCAUGAAGUGACGAGUGAUACCGACUAUUUCCCUAUAUACAUUUAUUUUGUGCUAUAGUUCCUUGUCUAGUUUGUGUUAUACUUUCCUGUUUAUAUUUUGUGUUAUAUUUUCUUGUAUGGUUGGUAUAGUGUAGUUAUGAAUGAUACUGAGUUUUCCCUUGUAUAUAGUUUGUGUUAUAUUUUCCUGUAUGAUUGGUAUAAUGCAGUUACAAAGGAUACCAAUAUUGUCCUGAUUAUACUGUGUUCUAUUCAACAGUGUGGUUGGUAUCAUGUAGCUACAGAUGAUACUGAGUAUUUCCCUGUAUAGUUUGUGUUAUAUUUUCCUGUAUGGUUUGUUUUAUAAUUUUGUGUAUUCUUGAAUAUGUAUCAUGUCGUUAAGAGUAAUACCGAGUAUUUUCCUGUUGAUAGCUUGUGUCGUAUUAUUCCGUACGGUUGGUAUCACGUAGUGACGAUUAUACUGAGUAUUUCCCUGUAUGUUAGUAUCACGUAGUGACGUGUAUACUGAGGAUUUCCCUGUAUGUUGGUAUCACGUAGUGACGAUUAUAAUGAGUAUUUCCCUGUAUGUUUGUAUCACGUAGUGACGAUUAUACUGAGUAUUUCCCUGUAUGUUUGUAUCACGUAGUGACGAUUAUACUGAGUAUUUCCCUGUAUGUUUGUAUCACGUAGUGACGAUUAUACUGAGUAUUUCCCUGUAUGUUGGUAUCACGUAGUGACGUGUAUACUGAGUAUUUCCCUGUAUGUUGGUAUCGCGUAGUGACGAUUAUAAUGAAUAUUUCCCUGU